AUGAACGAGGGAACUACUGAACGACCUUCAAGCGAUUCGUCGGGACCAAAAUGCGAAUCUGAACCACAGCCCCUCGGCUUCACACAUCUCACACGCACAAGGACAGCCCAGCUAACAAUGAGUUUGCUGCAAGAGACUAUCUUUGUCGAAGUUGUCUGCGCUGCACAAUUCAUGACCCAGGCGGGUCUUGCACAGGCUAUCACACUGGGUGAUAUCUAUGGACAUCGGUCAAUGUUCAUUGGUGGUUUUGCUUGGUUUGGGUUCGGGUCACUUUUCGGAGGGUUUUCUGUCUGGUCAAACCAGAUCUUCUUGGACACCUGCCGGGCAUCGCAAGGCAUUAGCCCGGCCUUCCUACUCCCUAAAGCUCUCGCUAUUUUGAGACGUACGUAUCCCCUGGGUCCGCGGAAAGAUAUGUUUUUCAGCAUCUUUGGUGCCACUGCACCAGAAGGCUAUAUUGUUGGGGCCGCGUUCUCAUCUCUCUUCGCUCCACGUGCUUGGUGGCCUUGGGCCUACUGGGUGAUGGGGAUUGUAUGUUUCGGCUUCGCUGUCCGGGGAAUGCUUAUACAUGUUGAUCUGCUGGGAGGCUCGCAGGGUAUAACUGCCUUGGUCCUGAUCAAUUUUGCUUGGAACCAGGGACCAAGUGUUGGUUGGCCCACUGUCUACGUCUACGUCUUGUUGAUCAUCAGUUUCAUCUGCCUGGGUCUGUUUCUCUGGAUUGAAUUCCAUGCGAUAUUUCGAAUUGUAGUCUACUACUUCCAAUUCAUGGAAGAGAUCAAAGGGGACACCCCUCUCCUUGUGACUGCUAAGUGGGCGCCCUCUGCGAUUUCAGGCUUCGUGGCUGCAGUGACCACAGGUUUUCUUCUGGCGCGACUACCGCCGAGUACCAUUACGUUGAUAGCUAUGCUAGCAUUCACAGGUGGGCAAAUACUACUGGCGACAUUGCCUGCUCACCAAAUAUAUUGGGCCCAGGCCUUUGUCGUCACGAUCUUGACCCCGUCGGGAAUGGAUAUAUCGUUUCCGUCCGGGACCCUUAUACUCAGAAAUAACAUGCCACGAGAACACCAGGGACUGGCCGCCUCGCUGGUCAACACAGUUGUGAAGUAUUCUAUCUCCAUUGGACUUGGAUUUGCCGGCACUGUCGAAAGCCAAGUUAACAAUAAUGGCGCCGACAUUUUGAAGGGCUAUCGCGGCGCAAGCUAUAUGGGUAUCCGUCUUGUUGGAUUGGGCGUGGGCAUUGCAUCCCUGUUUGCCCUUCGUACUCUCACCCAACGAACUCAACGCCUUGAACGACAGGCUUGA